AUGAAAAAUAACAGCGAAUUUAAACGAAAACUAGUUAUAAACAAAUCCCAAUUGUAUGAUGAAUGUAAAAAUCAAGAAAAUAUUGAAAAAUCCUUAAAAAGCAAAACACCUAAAACUAUGCAAUACAAAUAUGAAAGCAGAAUUGUUAAGAAAGCAUUGAAGACAGCAACAACAACAACAACACCACUAAUGAUGACAACAUUGUCAGCAACAUCAACAGCAUCAUCAUCAUCACCAACGCCAUUGCCAUUAUCUUCAUCAUUAGCAGCACCAUUGACGACAUCAUUAAAAACACAGACAGCUACAGCAGCAAAUUGUAGCAAUAACAACUUAGCAACAAGACAAGCAAACGAAGAAACCAACAAAUUAAAGGAAAUACAACGAGAUCCUUUACAGCAGCUACAACAAACUGAGUUAAAAUGCCACCUGCAAAAUAACAACAACGACAAAUAUAUACAAUCACCACUACCACCAUCAGUACUGACACAACAUCAAGCAGCAGAAGCAGCAGCAUCAGUAACAUCUGUAAACUCAACAAUUUCCCCCGAUAUUAACACCGGAAAUACGUUGCUAUCAUAUGUUUACAACAACAACAACAAAACAAAUAGCAGGAAUAACAAAAAUAAUGAUGAAGAUAAUAAAGACGACAAUGAUGAUAAUAACACAUCCUUGCGAGUAACAUCAUCGGCAACAUCCUGUUCAAGCAACAGCAACAAUAAUGACAAAGACAUCAUCAUAACCUCAACUUUAGCAGCGGCCUCAUUGUCGUCACCAUCGUUAAUACAUCAUCAACGUCAGAAAGUUAUUGCCGCCAACACCACCACUACCACCACCACAGCCACCUACAAACACUCAGCCCUUUAUCAUGAAAUGGACAACAGCUUAAGCAGUUUUAAAUUUUGGAAAACUACCCACUCCUCAUGUUCCAGCACCAGCACCACCUCCUGCAUUUCCACCUCUUCCUCCGCGAAUGUCAUUUGGUUAUUGGCUUUAGUGUCCAUGUUCACCUUAUUCGGUUGCGGUCACGCUGGCUUUGCUUGUCUCAGUAAUCCCUGUGUGUUUGGCGUUUGUAUUGAUGGUCUAAAUAGCUCCUAUUCAUGUUAUUGCAUCGAUGGUUAUACUGGCAUACAAUGCCAAACGAAUUGGGAUGAAUGCUGGUCGGGGCCCUGUGAAAAUGGUGGCACCUGUAUAGAUGGUGUGGCCUACUACAAUUGUACAUGUCCCGAUGGUUUUUCUGCAACUAAAGAAGGUUUUUUGUUUGAAACUUCUAGGAAUUAA